ACAAAUAGAUAAAAAAUCCCAUUGUUACAAAAAAAAAAAACACAAAUUCCUCCUUCCCUCCCUCUCUCUCUGGCUAUCUAUACAAGUAUUUUAAGUACUGCUUGCUGCACUAAAAAUCCUCAUUUUGAUAUCAAAACGACAACGCUGUGCCAUGGCUUCUCAAGGAAAGAAACUCAUCAACGACCCCAACGCUGUAGUAACUGAGUUCAUCGAGGGUCUUGUGGAAACCUACCCUGGAUUACAAUACCUGGAUGGCUUUCCAGAGGUCAAGGUUGUGUUACGUGCUGAUUAUGCAAGCGCUAUGCUUGACAAAGUUGCCGUUAUAUCAGGAGGAGGGAGUGGGCAUGAACCUGCCCAUGCUGGAUUUGUCGGAGAAGGGAUGCUAAGUGCUGCUAUUUGUGGAGAAGUUUUUACUUCUCCUCAAGUUGAUGCAAUUCUAUCUGGCAUCCGAGCUGUUACUGGUCCGAUGGGAUGUCUUUUGAUUGUCACGAAUUAUACUGGUGAUCGUCUAAAUUUUGGUUUGGCUGCUGAGCAAGCAAAAUCUGAAGGUUAUAAAGUCGAGACUGUAAUUGUUGGAGAUGAUUGUGCAUUACCUCCACUGCGAGGCAUAGUUGGACGAAGAGGGUUGGCAGGGACUAUUCUUGUUAAUAAGAUUGCUGGAGCCGCAGCUGCUACUGGCCUUUCUCUCGAUGAAGUUGCUGCAGAAGCAAAACGUGCAUCUGAAAUGGUUGGAACAAUGGGCGUUGCUUUGUCAGUUUGUACAUUACCUGGUCAGGUUACAUCAGAUCGUUUGGGCCCAGGAAAGAUGGAACUAGGUCUUGGAAUUCAUGGGGAACCUGGUGCUGCUGUAGCAGACCUUCAGCCUGUGGAAGUAGUGGUUUCUCAUGUUCUUCAGCAAAUUUUAUCACCGGAUAGGAACUAUGUUCCAAUCACUCCGGGUAAUAGAGUGGUACUAUUGGUCAAUGGACUAGGUGCCACCCCUGCAAUGGAGCUAAUGAUUGUAGCAGGAAAAGCAGUUCCUCAGUUGCAGUUGGAACAUGGAUUGGCUGUUGAUAGAGUGUAUACUGGAUCUUUCAUGACUUCCCUUGAUAUGGCAGGAUUUUCAAUCUCCAUAAUGAAGGCAGAUGAAGCAGUUCUGCAACGUUUGGAUGCUUCUACGAAGGCUCCACACUGGCCUGUUGGUGUAGAUGGUAAUCGCCCACCAGCCAAGAUCCCUGUUCCCCUGCCACUGUCUCAUUCAGGAAAGAGUGAUGAGUCAUUGAGUCGGCCACAACAGCUCAGUGAACAAGGACAUCUUCUUGAGGUGGCUAUCGAAGCAGCGGUGAAUGCGAUCAUAGAUCUUAGAGACAAUUUAAAUGAAUGGGAUGGCAGAGUCGGUGAUGGUGACUGUGGAUCAACAAUGUAUAGGGGUGCAACAGCAAUCCUGGAGGACAUGAAGAAACAUUAUCCCUUGAAUGAUGCUGCAGAAACAGUUGGUGAAAUUGGAUCAUCUAUCAGAAGAGUUAUGGGAGGAACCAGUGGGAUUAUAUACACAAUAUUCUGCAAGGCAGCUUGUGCAAAGUUGAAAGCAAACACCCAGUCAGUUGUCACAUCUAAACAAUGGGCUGAAGCACUUGAAGCUUCCAUAGCUGCUGUCAGUAAAUAUAGCGGGGCUAGUGCUGGAUUCCGCACAUUGCUAGAUGCCCUUAUUCCAGCUUCAGCUGUUCUUCGGGAGAGGCUAAAUGCUGGAGAUGAUCCUUGCAUUGCUUUUCUCCUGUCAUCUGAAGCAGCAGUGGCUGGAGCUGAAUCAACCAGGCACAUGCAGGCACAGGCCGGUCGCUCAGCAUAUAUCUCCCCGGACAUCCUUGCUACAGUGCCAGACCCUGGGGCUAUGGCUGCAGCUUCAUGGUAUAGAGCAGCAGCCUUAGCCAUCAAGAACAAACACCAGGUCCAUGAGUAGAUGCAUCUGCCUUUCCCUUCAAUUCGAGCUUCUUUUUGGCUACUGAUUUAACUAAAAAGCUAUUUUUUCAUCAUGAUUGUAUACUACAGUCCAACUAAUUAGGCUUUCCGCUUUUGCAAAUUUUGCUCGCAAAGCUGAGAGAGUGAGUUUUAUGCAUUCACGUUGUAAAAUCUCCAGAAAGAUUUGAUCAAAUCAUAUUAGAGUUGACCAUAAUAUGUUUUGAAACUGUUUGUAUGACCGGUCACUAGAAUAUAGACGUUUGGAUGUCUUGUUGGAUUAUGCAUGUAAAAAUAACAUUCUAUGUGCUUAUUUUCUGA